AUGAAGAACCACGUCCAACCCAAGACCCUUCAGGCUGAUUCCUCGGCAACGACAAGCUCCGCACCCAGCGAGGUUGCAGAAUCCAACUUUGACCACCUCCCACCGUCCACCGGCCAUCAGUACGGCUCCGUAGAACCACACGUAUUCACGAGCCCUGCCCGCGCCGAAUACUGGAGGAGUAUCUACGAGAAUGCAAAGUACGAGUGCAGACACCGGUUCGAUCCAUCGUUCCAGUGGUCUCCUCAGGGUGAAGUUAUCGUCAAAAGGAAACUCGAUUGGCGCAUCAUGCUAUGGGUCUGGGUCAUGUUUUCUUCGCUCGACCUUGUCCGUAGGAAUAUCAACCGCGCCGUGUCGGAUUCCCUGCUUGCAGACCUCAAGGUCAAUACCAAUGACUACAACACCGGCCAGACCAUCUAUCUAGUGUGCUUUCUUGCGGCCGAACUUCCAGGCGGGUUGAUCAGCAAGAGAGUCGGUCCGUUUCGGUAUACGCCCACGGUCAUUAUUCUGUGGGGAGGUCUUUGCAUGGUUCAGGCGGCGAUGCGUGCUCGUUGGAGUUUUUGGCUGCUGCGAGGAUUGCUGGGCUUUGCGCAGGGUGGCUUCAUUCCUGAGAUGGUCCUUUACCUCUCGUACUUUUACAAGAGCAACGAACUGCCGUUUCGUCUUAGCCUCUUCUACACCGUUAUCCCGUUGACGCAGAUUUACGGCAGUCUUUUGGCAGGCGGUCUACUGGAGAUGCGCCGUCUUCAGGGGCUGGCUGGCUGGCGGUGGUUGUUUCUUGUUGAGGGGCUCAUCUGCGUCGUCAUCGGCUUCAUCUCUUACUUUGUCAUGGCGCCCUCAAUCACCGAGCCUGCUUUUGCGUUUAAGCGGCCUGAUGGCACCAACAAGUGGUGGACUGAAGAGGAAGAAAAGAUUCUGGUCAAUCGUCUUUUGCGCGAUGACCCAACAAAGGGCGACAUGAAUAACAGAACUGCAGUGUCAGCCAGAGGCAUGUGGGAGGCUCUCACUACGUAUGAUCUGUGGCCACUCUUCAUUCUGGGGAUUUUCGUCUGGAUCCCCUUCCAGCCCACUGCGAAUUAUCUUUCCUUGACACUGCGUAAUCUUGGAUACACAGUGUUUCAGUCAAACCUGCUCGCCAUCCCUGGAUAUGCCCUGUUUGCAAUCAAUACCGUCGUACUGGGUUGGUUGUCGGAGAGAUUCAACGAGCGACUUGUAAUCGCGGCCGGAAGCAACAUUUGGGUGCUCCCCUUCUUCAUCGGCCUCAUCUGCAUCAAGCCAGAUGCCAACCCGUGGGUUCGCUACACCCUUCUUACCGGAAUCAAUGGCAUCCCAUACACCCACUCCAUUAUCGUCGGCUUGGUGAGCCGCAAUGCAAAGGCAGUUGGUCGUCGGGCAGUUGCUGCUGCUGUGUACAACAUGACGUAUCAAAUUGGAAGUAUCGCAGCAGUGAAUAUUUAUCGUGACGAGGACAAGCCGUACUACUACAAAGCCAAUAAGGGUCUCGUGGGAUUGUGUGUCUUUAAUAUCCUGCUGUUUGUCCUGGCGAAGCUGUACUACGUGUGGCGGAACCGCGUGAUUGAGAGGCAGCAUGCUGAAACGCCCGCAAGCGAAAAGUCUCGGAUGGCUGAUGCGCGAUUUGCUCACUAA